AUGGCUGCCCCAACAAGCACAGCAGCCGCAGGCGGACACGGCGGCGGAGGUGGAGGCAAAGGAAGCCAUGGGUCGACAGAGGCAGAUGUUGUCAACGAGAUGUUGUCAAACUACCUGCUCGUUGUGUUGGGCUCCAUCUCGGUCGUUCUUCUUUCCUGGAGGCUCACCAUGCUCCUGAUCAGGUAUGUCCGGACAGUGACGUGUCUCUACAACGACACGCAGCGCUAUUUCGCCGAGGGCUCCGAGAGGUACUCGUGGUUCAAGAGGAACGUGCAAUACGCGCCCAUCCUCAGCAAACGGCACAAUCGCGAGUUUCAGCUCAGCUCGGCCCUCAACGUCGGGACCCUUCCCACGCGGAUGCAACUCGUCUUCCUGCUCGGCUACUUCGCGACCAAUGUGGCGUUUUGCGUCAUGACCAUCGACUACUCGGGGGAGUUCAGGGAGGUUGCCGGGCUUGUCAGGAACCGUACCGGCUACCUCGCCGUGAUGAACAUGAUCCCUCUUUUCCUGAUGGCGGGCAGGAAUAACCCGCUCAUCACACUCCUCGGCAUGUCUUUCGACACCUUCAACCUGCUCCACCGCUGGCUGGGCCGCAUCGUGAUCCUGGAGGCCCUUGCCCACACUUUGGCCUUCCUCAUCAGCUCCGCCUCGGCGAGCGGCUGGGACGGCGCCUUCCAGACCGUCUUCCGCGUCCCCUACAUGAUGUGGGGAUUCAUCGCAACCUGCGCGUUCGUCGUCAUCGGCAUCCAAGCCGCGAGCAUCUUCCGCCACGCCUACUACGAGACUUUCAAGCUGUUCCACAUCGCGCUCGCGAUCCUCUCCAUCAUCGGCCUGUGGUACCACCUCGACCUCAAGAAGCUCCCGCAGCUCAAGUACCUCUACGCCGUCGUCGCGCUCUGGGUCUUCGACCGGCUUGCGCGCCUGAUCCGCAUCGGCUACCGCAACAUCGGGGCCGGCGGCACCAAGACGCUCGUCGAAGCGCUGCCCGGCGGCGCCUGCCGCGUCACCGUCACCAUGGCGCGGCCAUGGGCCUUCAAGCCGGGCCAGCACGCCUACCUGUACAUGCCGACGGUCAGCUUCUGGCAGUCGCACCCCUUCACGGUCGCCUGGAGCGAGGAGUCCGACCACCACCUUGCCGACGAGGAGAAGCUCCCCGUCCGCCGCCAGGACAUCCUUGGCGCCGGCAAGACCACGCUCUCCUUCAUCAUCCGCGGCCGCACGGGCUUUCACCGGCUCCCUCUACAACCAAGCCUCAGCCCGGCCCGACGGCAAGAUGGUCACACGCUGCCUCGUCGAGGGGCCCCUAACCGCGGCUCCAGCCGGCUGCACUCGUACGGCACGGUCAUGCUCUUCGCGGGCGGCGUAGGCAUCACGCAGGCGGUGCCGCACGUGCGCGACCUGGUGGCCGGGUUCAACAACGGCACCGUGGCCACGCGCAAGGUCAUCAUGGUCUGGACUAUCCAGUCGCCCGAGCACCUCGAGUGGAUCCGGCCCUGGAUGACCGAAAUCCUGGGCAUGGAGCGCCGCCGCGAGAUCCUCCGCGUCAUGCUCUUCGUCAGCCGGCCCCGCUCCACCAAGGAGAUCCACUCGCCGAGCUCCACCGUUCAGAUGUUCCCCGGCCGUCCCAACAUCGAUACGCUGUUGGGCCACGAGAUGGAGAGCCAGAUCGGUACUAUGGCGGUGUCGGUGUGCGGGCCGGGCGCGCUGAGCGAUGAGGUGCGCAGGGCGGUGCGCAACAGGCAGUAUGGUGGGAAUUUGGACUUUGUGGAGGAGGCGUUUUCUUGGUAG